CGGUACAGCUACAAGAUGCUCAAACGAUGUCGUUCAUCAAAGAGCAACUCUCCUCACUCUCCCCACUUAGUCCUAUCGCAAAAUGGAUCCGCUCAGCGUCACCGCCGGCGUUAUCGCCAUUUUGCAGCUCACAGGCAAAGUCAUCCAGUACCUGAACGAUGUCAGGGACGCGCCGAAAGAAUGCCAACAAUGCACGAUCGAGGCAUCGAACCUUCAAUCUCUCCUAAUGAGUCUUCGUUAUCUCCUUGAACAGGGUCAUACCAAUGAUCCCUGGUUCACAGCAGUUCGGGCUCUCACCGUUGCGAAUGGACCUCUCGACCAGUACAAGCAGACCUUAGAGCAGCUAUGUUCGAGAGUGGAAAUCCAAAAUACGACAAAAAUGGUUAAGAGGCAGGUCCUGUGGAAGUUUAUCAAGGCAGAAGUUGCGAGUAUUCUAUCACGACUGGAGCGGUUGAAGAGUCUUGUGAGUAUUUCGCUUGAGAUGGACCAUUUGUAAGUCGUCGAGGCAACGGGUCGAAGCAUGCUUGCUUAUGGUAUCAAAGCAAACUAUCCGAAGCGAUUAAGGAGGACACUAAAGUUAUGCGAAAUGCUAUCCCCUUCCUUCAAGCAGAUAUCGUCACCAUCCGGGACACUCAAAGCCUGCAAUGGGACGCCCAGAAGCUCCAGCAGCGCCAGACGAUGCUGGAUUGGCUAUCGCCGACAGACUUCCCGGCCCAGCAACACGAUAUUAUCUCCCGAAGACAAGAAGAUACGGGGCAAUGGUUUAUA